GCACUGCUGCUACAGUUAGCCUGAUUGACUCACUUGACCUAGUCAGUUUAGCUCUUUCAUGUACAUUUCACUGUAAAACAAUGGGUCACAGUACGUGUAAGUAGUAAGUCAGUGUAAAUACCUGAUCUUUUGUGCGUACAUAGAUUUACUUUUUGGUAGCGGGGGUUCGUGGAGGAAUCCGAGCGGUCAAGAUGCGCCUCACGUUGCAAAUGUUGAUAUCUCAUGGCCGGGUAGCCCGAAGAAUGGGCUUGGGUCCUGAGUCCAGAAUAAAUAUGCUGCGGAACAUACUGACGGGACUAGUCCGACACGAGAGGAUAGAGACCACCCUUGCCCGGGCAGACGAGGUCCGCUUCUAUGCAGAGAAGCUUAUCGACUACGCAAAGAAGGGAGACACUGAUGAGAAGGCAAUGAAGAUGGCCAGUUUCUGGUUGACGGAAAAGGAUCUGGUCCCAAAGCUUUUCAAGGUUCUCGCUCCACGGUUUGAAACUCAGACAAAUGGCUACACACGGAUGGCACGCUUACCCAACAGGACAAAUUUGGACCGAGCAAAGAUGGCUGUGCUCGAGUACAAAGGAAACCCCUUUCCACCGCUAUAUCCUGUUAAAAAGGAGAAUGAACUGACUCUGAUUAAUCAGCUGCUCAAAGGAUACAGAGAGGACAUGGCACAGCAGUUAGCCACCAAGGCUUAAUUAAAACCUCUCAUAUUGUUGAGUCAGUCGUAAAGAGCUAAGACUGAUAGCAGGGCUGGGGAUGAUGGAUUGCUCUUGAAACCUGAAAGUUUGAAAGACAAUCAGAAACUAUGUUAAAUAUUACAAAAUAUUUUACUUUUUUUUGGUCUUUUCUUUUUUGUCUGUCUGUACAAAGUCAAACAAGUCUCUAAAUCCUGUCAUAUUCUUAAUUAUUUGACAUAAUUUGAAAUUAUAUUAAGAAAAAUCUCAGGCUGAUGGUGUCUGUCUAUGAAAUGGGUAGUUAGGUCAGUAAAUUAUAAGAAAGUAACAUGACUUUUCAAAUGUUCAUAAUUUAGCAGACAUAAAAACACACUCAAAUAUACUU